AUGAAGGAGAAUCAGAUUCAAGGCUGUGGAAUAUCUGUAGUGCAGAGCAAGAACAAGAAAAACAAGAGAGAUAAGUACAAUCGGGAUAGAAUCAAUGAAUUGUCAGAAGAUAUUCUAGCGAAGAUAGUUUGUUUGUUGCCGCUGAAAGAUGCAGUGGCUACAAGUAUCCUUUCCAAGCGAUGGCGUUACAUAUGGACCUUUACAACAAAUCUAGACUUCGAUGCCAAACAAACUCUGAACCGCUUGAUAGAUUCAAAGAAUUAUGAUAAACACAAGCAUGAGACGCGAAAUUACAUCCACAGGGUAAACAGUGUAAUUACUCAGCUUAGCAGCAAAACCAACAACAACAACAACAACAUCAUCAUCGAUCGGUUUAGGAUCUAUUUUGAUAUGUGCCGUAAGUUUUCAUCUUUCAUUGAUAGUUGGAUUGAGUUUGCAGUGGAAAACAGAGUUCAAAUUCUCGAAUUGGACUUGUUUGAAUCUGGUGGCAUUAGAAUGAGCUCCGACUGCUAUAUUCUACUCAAAAAGCAAUUUGAUCAUCAUCCCGGCGAAUAUCUUCGUCGUACCUUCACCUUACUUUCAUCUUGUCUCCCUCAGCUGCAGAUUCUCCAGCUAAAUCUUAGCAAUCAGAUAUAUUUGAGGAAUGUCGUAUACCCUAAAUUAACAAAUCUCAAGCAGUUGAAAUUGACAGUUAAUGCAAAUGAAGAUCUCAAUCUCUUGAUUUCUAGAAUUAUUCCUAUUCUGAAAGUGUCUCCUUGCUUGCAGAGACUUGAGUUAAAGAGAAUCAUUGUCCAUCCUUCUGAAUUUGAUAACUACGACCCAGCUUUCAUACGAAUCAAGAAUACAGAAACCAUAAGUGAGCAAGAGAAGAUCAGAGAUCACGCUAUGCAGCAUCUUAAAGGAAAGAUUCCUACUGCUGUAGAUUUUGAAUUUGUUUUUGCCUAA